AUGGAUAUCAAUAAAAUGACUAGCAAGAUCCGAGCAAUGAUACUCAUUCCUGAUGUAUCCCAGGUGUUCGCGUAUACGAGUACGAAUAUCACGGGUAGUCAUACCCACGUACUGAAUUUUGUGUUCCGUGCAACCAAUGAGAUACACCACGAACGAAGAAGAGCAAUUAAUACAUCCUCUAGUAUCAAACACCUGGUUCGUGACAUAAGAACUAAAGGAACUACCUAUCUUGACAUGUUCGCAAGCUUUACAGUUCUUUCCACAUCUAUAGGCACUUGUGUGAUUGUGCAUAUCCAGCAGGUAAAGAGGGGAUGUGCUGGAGCCAGAGAGGUGCUUGGGUCUAGAGAGGUGCUGGGGUCUAGAGAGGUGCUUGGGUCUAGAGAGGUGCUGGGGUCUAGAGAGGUGCUGGGGUCUAGAGAGGUGCUGGGGUCUAGAGAGGUGCUGGGUUCUGGAGAGGUGCUGGGUUCUGGAGAGGUGCUGGGUUCUGGAAAGGUGCUGGGGUCUGGAGAGGCACUGGGGUCUAGAGAGGUGCUGGAGCCAGAGAGGCACUGGGGUCUAGAGAGGCACUGGGGUCUAGAGAGGCACUGGGGUCCAGAGAGGCUCUGGGCACCAGAGAGGCGCUGGAGCCAGAGAGGUGCUCAAGCCAGAGAGGUGCUGGGGUCUAGAAAGGUGCUGGAGCCAGAGAGGUGCUCAAGCCAGAGAGGUGCUGGGAGAGGUGCUGGGCACCAGAGAGGUGCUGGAGCCAGAGAGGUGCUGGGGUCUAGAGAGGCACUUGGGUCUAGAGAGGCACUGGGGUCUAGAGAGGUGCUGGAGCCAGAGAGGCACUGGGGUCUAGAGAGGCACUGGGGUCUAGAGAGGCACUGGGGUCUAGAGAGGCACUGGGGUCUAGAGAGGCACUGGGGUCUAGAGAGGCACUGGGGUCUAGAGAGGCACUGGGGUCUAGAGAGGCACUGGGGUCUAGAGAGGCUCUGGGCACCAGAGAGGUGCUGGAGCCAGAGAGGUGCUCAAGCCAGAGAGGUGCUGGGGUCUAGAAAGAAAGGUGCUGGAGCCAGAGAGGUGCUCAAGCCAGAGAGGUGCUGGGGUCUAGAAAGGUGCUGGAGCCAGAGAGGUGCUCAAGCCAGAGAGGCGCUGGGGUCUGGAGAGGCGCUGGGGUCUGGAGAGGCGCUGGGGUCUAGAGAGGUGCUGGAGCCAGAGAGGCACUGGGGUCUAGAGAGGCUCUGGGCACCAGAGAGGUGCUGGAGCCAGAGAGGUGCUCAAGCCAGAGAGGUGCUGGGGUCUAGAAAGGUGCUGGAGCCAGAGAGGUGCUCAAGCCAGAGAGGUGCUCAAGCCAGAGAGGUGCUGGGGUCUAGAGAGGUGCUCAAGCCAGAGAGGUGCUGGGGUCUAGAGAGGCACUGGGGUCUAGAGAGGUGCUCAAGCCAGAGAGCGUUAUCGGCGCACUAUGCAUGCGCAAAACACGGGAGUGACACGGGAGUGUGUACGGGCGAAAAUGAGCUGUUAGAGCUGCACAAUGAAGAUAGUGGUGAUGAAAUAUGGGAGGGGGCAGACAGACAUUUUAAACAGCCACACAAGACAAAAGCCCUGAGGAUAUGGGUUAGAAAGCGAUGGAAGAAAAGACCUGUAGUCGGUUUCUGCCUCCUGUUUACCUUAUUUGUGGUGUUGAUCAAUAGUUUUCCUACACUACCUGCAGACAGCUACGGAAAGACUGAUUUCCAGAACCACAUUCAACACAGGAAAGUUGUCAGGCACAAGAGGCAGUGGACUGACAUCACAAACUCUGUUCCCAGACUAUUACAAAACUCUGACCAUGAGCUUUGGGGAUCUAACCUACAGAACUACAGACGUGGACUGCAACCGUUCAUUAAUCUGAGCCAUGAUUGCAAGGAAAAGAAAAUCUUAGGUCAAGUUAGCAAUCAACCACUAUGGAAAAAUUAUCGCCAAGAAACCAAAGAGAGGAGAACACUGACCAAAAAAAUUAUUUAUGGUGUACAAAAUACCACAGCUAAAAAGUAUGAGCCAAGAAACCAAACCUUACUAGUCAUGAAGAAUAAACUAGACCACAAAUACACAAAUACUACUUUAAAUGUAAUUCUCCAUAAGAAUCAUAAUAAAGUUAACCAUAAAGAUGUAUUUCUGAUUAAACCUGCUGUGAUACAAUUUAAACCUAUAGGAAAAGGAUUAGCAGAAAUGCAAUCAGUCCUAAAAAACUACUCAUCUAUCCAGACAAAGGCACGUUUGGGCUACCAGAAGCUAGAGAACCACAUUCCUUCAUUAGAUCAUCUGCCAUUCUUGCCCAGAACAAAUAAAGCAGACUAUGGGACCAAAACACUUAUUAAGGAUUUGAAAAACCCAAAGGUUGUCCAUAAAUUUUCAGCAAACAAAAAAAGAACCUUAUUUGCUGAAUGCUUAGAAUGGAAUCCAGAGGAAACUAAAGCUGUCCAACACAGAACAAAAGAGCUUGUUCCAGAAAAAGCACCUGCAUGGUUUACACCAGAUGAUUUACAGAAGAUGCGCUUAUUGGCAGAGGGUGAGAUUAUAGCAAAAUCUAGGAUUCCUGCACAUGGACAGGUUCUUAAAGUUGGCCUUUGUUCCAGCAUACCGACAGUUAAUUGUCACCAAGAAACACUCUGCUCAAAAGGAUUUUGUGGUUUAAUCAAACGUACCAGUGAUUUAUACGAGGUCCUGGCUUUUCAUCUUGAUAGGAUUCUUGGGCUAAAUCGUAGUCUUCCAGUAGUUGCACGGAAAUUUACAAAUUACUUGCUUCCUUACAAGUAUACAAAUGGUGAUGCAAGACCGAUCAUAUGGUGGGCACCAGAUAUUCAGCACUUAAAUGAUACUGACAAUGAUCAGAACUCAUAUGCACUUGGGUGGCUGCAGUAUCAGACCAUAUUGAAGCAUCACUGUGAAAUGGAAAAUUCUUCAGAACAAAAAAAUACACAUCCAUGUGUGGGCAUCAGACAUUCAGAAUGGGCCAAGCUGGCACUGUUUGAUUUUCUUCUGCAGGUCCAGGAUCGAUUAGACCGAUAUUGCUGUGGAUUUAACCCUGACCCUACCGAGCCAUGUGUGCAAGAACUUCUGCAUGAAAAAUGCCGUAACCCAGGGGAGCUUAUGCUGGUGCAUAUUCUGGUACGAAGAAGCAACCCAUCUCGCUUGGUUUUCAUUGAUAAUGCUGGGCGACCUGAACACCCUGAGGACAAUCUAAAUUUUAGGCUUCUGCAGGGAAUAGAUGGGUUUCCUGAGUUUGCAGUGAAAGUACUAAAGUCUGGUUGUUUAGAAAAUAUGCUGAUAAAGUCUUUGUACAUAGACUAUGAAUUCUGGGAAAGUCAAGGAGGCUAUGAAGGUGUGAAGAAACUGGUUCAAACUAUAAACAGAAGAGGGAAAAUCCUCCUGAAGUAUAUAGUAGAUCAAAAGCUAUCAUUGAACUCGUCUUUGUAACAAUAUCUUUGAAUCAAGAACUAGACUGAGUUAAUUGUGAACAUGUUUGCAGCAUAUGCGUAUGAAUCAAAUGAAGCUGUCUUUAUGCUGCGUGCACUUGCGUUGACAGCUUAUACUUCGCAGAGAGCUGGUGAUGACGCACUUUCAAUGGGACUGCAUUUGUUAUAAUGAAGCUUAUAUUUGUUUUUGCACAAUUAUUGCUGCCCAUUAGCAAUGCAUGUUGCGUUCAUACAGAUGAUGCACCCAUGCAACUGAUGGCUGGAAAUUGUAAAGUUUGCUCCUUUAUCUGCAACUGGCAUUUUGAAGUCUAUUUAGACACAUAUUUUUGUUUCAAUUAAUACCAUUUUUAAGAUAUGUGUACUGGUUCUGUCAGUGAAAAUACAAAAUUAGUGUGGUGCAUUAUUUCAAAAUGUUGGACAACCCCUGUCAAGUUAAUUUUCCAUUUCUUAUAUAAAGCUCUUAUAUUGCUUUUAAGAGUAUUUAUGACACAAAGAGGAGUGUUUUUGAAAGCACAAGUGGUAAGCAGAACCCUAUCUAACUAUAAAAAUGCCGUGGAAAGGAACAAAUUAGUAUAAUUUUGCCUCAUUAAGAGCAUUAUUGGUUACUCUGUUCUUUUGAAGAAAAAUUAACCUUCCCAUACUACAAUACUGGAUGGAAAACAAUAGUUUUAUAUUUGUUGAAAGUUUGCAAGCACACUGUUUUGAUGAGUUAUUGCAAUCAAACUCUUAAAUAUUCAGUAAAUGCACCAAACAGAUUGCUUUGUUGCCUUCAGAUAAAAUAGUAUUUCAGGGAUGUGUUGACCAAACGCUUCAAAGAGGCAAGACAGGACCCCAUACUCCCUAACUUAUACCUCCCCAUGUAUAAGGGACUCAGGAGGUUGAUAGGGACCCAUCAACAUUGUGUGGGUGGAACUGUGUUGGCAGGGGUGGGAUAUUGGUAGUUUAGGGGGUAGGAUUGUGGGUGUGUCUGGGCAGUUUGUGUGUUUGUCUGGAAAAUUCAUGGGUGGGAUUAAGGGAAAUUCUUUUAUUAGGGACAUAUGACUGUAAGAGGGAGAGCUGGACAGAACUCAAAAUCAGGAAUUGUCCCUCUCAAAUAGGGACAGUUGGGAGGUCAUUUUUUUCAGCUCUUAUAAAACUUUGAGGGGCCUAUGAUGACACCUCUCAUUGGAAAAAAAGAGAAUCAUCAGUUUUACAGUAAUAAAAGAUAAGAGGACUCUAAAUCUCCAACUCUUUGUCAGAUAAAAAAUAAUAUACCCAUUAUACUAGUUAUUUACUUGGUCACUUGUAAACAGCAGUUUUCUAACCUAUUAGAUGCAGGCAUUAGCUUAAAAUAUUGAAGGAGGUUCUGAAUCCACAAAUCGAUGAGAUGGAAGAGUUUACUUGACCAUCAACAUAGUAUGCAAUCUCUUAACCCAUUAUACACCAGGUUCAGAGUAUUCAAAUGGGGAAUGCCUCUUUUUCUGAAAUGAAUUUAUAAAUUUAUGAAACCCCCUAAUGCUAUAGAUAAGAUACUCUUUCAAAUGAGAGUAACUUGAAAAUGGUAAAAAUGGAAUCUAUUAGACAGUAAGUUAACAGAAAUAAAUUUAAUUAGAUGAGGAGACUGUGCUUCUCUUUCAGCCAAAAUCUACGUUGGCAUUAUUAUUUUUGGGACAUUAUAUGCCUUCCUCCACCCUGGAAAGUGUUUUUAAGCCUCUCGUGGUGGUUACAGGGAUUCCAUCCAGUUCUAAUCUCCAAAUCAUGAUUGCUUAAUUGUUUCUAUAUUGUCAAUUUUCAUGUUUGUUUUUUUGUCAUACAUCCAAUUUCUUAUAUUUGUGUUUGUAUAUUUGUAUUCUACAUAAUGUUACGAGAUGGGUUGUAAUUGUCCUGUUUUAUUGCUAAAUAUUACUUAUGUAUAUAUUAGUGUUUAUCUUUUGUGGUAGGAACAGACCAGGUUUUUGGUAUAUCUUUGUAUGGGAAAAUCUAUCUUCCUGAGACAGUGACAGCCUCACCUGUGCUUACUACAGGAUAUCAUUAUAAUAUGGUCUCUCUCUCUCUAGCCCUUGAGGAUAAAUGUGGAAAAACUGAGAUUAUUGAAUAGAGCUUUAAUGCCACUAGGUUGGUGGCAGAAUUAUCCCAAAAUGGUUGUAUCGCAGGUCACAAAAACCACCAAUACUAGAGGAACCAUAGUCUACAAUACCACCUGCUACAAUAUCUCAGUUAACUUCACAAAGCUACAGUUUGCUGAAACAUCAAGAAUAUUAUUCAAAGGUUAACAAAUCUCAUGGUCCCCCUUUAAAUGUAUUCUGUUAAGGUAUAAAGGUUUAGCUUUACUGAUUUAUACAUAAUCACUAUGUUUUAUGCCCUACAAGGCAAGAUGAUUUGUGCAGCCUAUAGUAUUGAACAUGUUUUCUUUCAUUAAAAAAAGUGUGAUCUUUUUCAGCAACAAA